CAGGGGCGAUGGAAAUAGAGUAGAGUUAGCUCAAAUCCGCCAACGAACGCCUCGUCCUCUCCGCCAUUGUUUCUUAUACUUAAUUCUUUACUUCACUCUCUGCAACAGAUCCACUUCAUUUCUCCAAUGGCGUCCUCGUUCAUUUCUCGAGCUGCUCUCUCCAGCAACACCACCACCACCACCACAAUUCCUUUUUCAUUCUCUUCCUCCGUUUCUUCUCCCCUCCCAUGGAGGUCCUCCCGCUCAUGCACCUUUUUUCCCACCAAUUCUUGCCGGAGGAUCCCAGUUGUUCAGUGCAAGAUCCGAGAGAUUUUCAUGCCUGCCCUAAGCUCCACGAUGACUGAGGGAAAGAUCGUCUCGUGGAUCAAAUCCGAAGGGGAUGUUUUAUCCAAAGGCGAGAGCGUCGUUGUUGUGGAGUCUGAUAAGGCUGAUAUGGAUGUGGAGACUUUCUAUGAUGGAAUUCUUGCUGCUAUUGUUGUUGGUGAGGGUGAAACUGCUCCUGUUGGAGCUUCGAUUGGUUUAUUGGCUGAGACUGAAGAAGAGGUCGCUGAGGCCAAGGCUAAAGCCGCGUCUAAAUCUCAGUCUUCGACUCCAGCAGCUGAUGUUUCUCCCUCUCCUCCGGUUAUAUCUCAGCCGUCUCCUGCGCCGACCAAGCCGGCGUCGGAUGGACCGAAGAAGAUUGUGGCAACUCCUCAGGCGAAGAAGCUAGCGAAACAGCACAAGGUGGAUAUUGGAUCGAUAACUGGUAGUGGUCCAUUCGGUCGAAUUACUCCGGCGGAUGUGGAGGCUGCGGCGGGAAUUGCUCCUUCGAAGCCUGUUGUAAGCAAUGUAGCUUCACCUGCGGCUUCUGAGACUGCUCCAGUGGCUGCCUCUACUCCAUCGAAAGCGACUGCAGCUCCUUCCAACUUGCCCCCACCAGUUCCUGGCUCAACGGUUGUGCCAUUCACGACAAUGCAGGCGGCGGUGUCUAAGAAUAUGGUGGAGAGUCUUUCUGUACCUACAUUUCGAGUUGGUUAUCCGGUGUCCACAGAUGCUCUUGAUGCGCUCUAUGAGAAGGUGAAACCAAAGGGCGUUACAAUGACUGCCCUCUUGGCCAAGGCUGCUGCAAUGGCCCUCGCUCAGCAUCCGGUUGUAAAUGCAAGCUGUAAAGACGGGAAGAGCUUUACAUAUAAUGACAACAUUAACAUUGCAGUAGCCGUAGCUAUCAAUGGUGGUUUGAUAACACCUGUUCUUCAGGCUGCGGAUAAGUUGGACCUCUACCUACUAUCUCAAAAAUGGAAAGAGUUGGUUGAGAAAGCUAGAUCCAAGCAGCUUCAGCCCCAUGAAUACAAUUCAGGAACUUUCACUCUUUCCAAUCUGGGCAUGUUUGGAGUGGACAGGUUCGAUGCUAUACUUCCUCCAGGCCAGGGGGCUAUCAUGGCCGUUGGAGCCUCAAAGCCGACUGUUGUCACCGACGCUGAUGGCUUUUUCAGCGUGAAAAGUAAAAUGUUGGUGAAUGUGACCGCCGAUCAUCGAAUAGUUUAUGGUGCUGACUUAGCUGCCUUCCUUCAGACCUUCGCAAAGAUAGUUGAGAAUCCAGAAUGCCUGACCUUGUAGAAGUCCAUUUUCAAGUUUCAACAUCGCCUAAAACUUGCCUGCAAGAAGGAAAAAGAACAAUCCAGAUUCUCUUUUGGCCACGGAGUGAUGGAAGUUUGAAUUAAACUGAGCCUCAGAGGAAUCCUUUUUGUGUUGGAGGUCCUAUUGAUAUUUGAUUUUGCUUAAUAUUUAUUUCUAUUUCUGAAAUAUUUCAGGAGCAAUAAUGAGUAGAUUUUCUUUGUCAAAGUUACUGCAGACGGGAAUUGUAUUGGUAGAAACUCAAUGGAUGAUGAGAGAUAGUUUUGUCUAAUCAACAAAGAUAAGAUAAAGUGAAGAAGCGGUUGUCCUCAGAAGGACAUGAAAGUCACCAGUCCAAGCUGAUAUUUCUAGAAAUGUAAAGCUUGUCAAUAUAUUCUAUGACCGGACCCGAAGCGUCGAUAUACCUUUUCAUUUUCUUCUCUGCUAACUGAUCUGCAAUGGUGAAUGAAAGAGGUGUUGUAAUUUUGAUUGUGUAAACAACAGAUUCAGGUGUUCAUAAUUGAAAAGAGUAAAUGAAAUGCGCCUACUGGUCUCGUUGAGAUUUA